GUCCUCCCGGCCCGAACAUGCUGGACGGCCUAAAGAUGGAGGAGAACUUCCAAAGCGCGAUCGACACCUCGGCCUCCUUCUCCUCGCUGCUGGGCAGAGCGGUGAGCCCCAAGUCUGUCUGCGAGGGCUGUCAGCGGGUCAUCUUGGACAGGUUUCUGCUGCGGCUCAACGACAGCUUCUGGCAUGAGCAGUGCGUGCAGUGCGCCUCCUGCAAAGAGCCCCUGGAGACCACCUGCUUCUACCGGGACAAGAAGCUCUACUGCAAGUAUGACUACGAGAAGCUGUUUGCUGUUAAAUGUGGGGGCUGCUUCGAGGCCAUCGCUCCCAAUGAGUUUGUUAUGCGGGCCCAGAAGAGUGUAUACCACCUGAGCUGCUUCUGCUGCUGUGUCUGCGAGCGACAGCUUCAGAAGGGUGAUGAGUUUGUCCUGAAGGAGGGGCAGCUGCUCUGCAAAGGGGACUAUGAGAAGGAGCGAGAGCUGCUCAGCCUGGUGAGCCCAGCAGCCUCAGACUCAGGUAAAAGUGAUGAUGAAGAAAGUCUCUGCAAGUCAGCCCAUGGGGCAGGGAAAGGAACAGCUGAGGAAGGCAAGGACCAUAAGCGCCCCAAACGUCCAAGAACCAUCUUGACAACUCAACAGAGGCGAGCAUUCAAGGCCUCAUUUGAAGUAUCCUCCAAGCCCUGCAGGAAGGUGAGAGAAACUCUGGCUGCAGAGACAGGGCUGAGUGUCCGUGUCGUCCAGGUGUGGUUCCAAAACCAGAGAGCGAAGAUGAAGAAGCUGGCCAGGCGACAGCAGCAGCAGCAGCAAGAUCAGCAGAACACCCAGAGACUGAGCUCUGCUCAGACAAACGGUGGUGGGAGUGCUGGGAUGGAAGGAAUCAUGAACCCCUACACGGCUCUGCCCACCCCACAGCAGCUCCUGGCCAUCGAGCAGAGUGUCUACAGCUCAGAUCCCUUCCGACAGGGUCUCACCCCACCCCAGAUGCCUGGAGACCACAUGCACCCUUAUGGUGCCGAGCCCCUUUUCCAUGACCUGGAUAGCGACGACACCUCCCUCAGUAACCUGGGUGACUGUUUCCUAGCAACCUCAGAAGCUGGGCCUCUGCAAUCCAGAGUGGGAAACCCCAUUGACCACCUGUACUCCAUGCAGAAUUCUUACUUCACCUCUUGAGUCUUCCCCUAGAGUUCUGUGACUAGGCUCCCAUAUGGAACAACCAUAUUCUGUGAGGGGUCGCUGGCUUUAGAACAGGGAGGCCAGGGAAGAGGUGGGUUGGGGAGGGAGUUUUGUUGGGGAUGCUGUUGUAUAAUGAUAUGGUGUAGCUCAGCAUUUCCAAAGACUGAAUACAUUAUGGAUUGCAUAGUUUAAUGUUUCUAAUAAGAGUCUUAGCGUUAGGUAUGAAGACGUGUUUAUCAUUAAGGACAGAGACUUUUAAUAUAGACAUUCUCAUGCAAACUAGAUACUUAGGGACUCCUAACAACUUCCCACCAUGUCGGGGAAGCUCUUGUCAAGAGGUGCAUAUGUCUAUCCAUCUACACACCAAUAGACAGAAGGACAGAUAGAUAGAUGUGUGUGUGUGAGUGUGUAACCUUUCAUAUUUUACCCUCAAAGUUUAUUCCUAAUUAUAACAGACACCAACUGUACAGCAAAAGUAACUUUAUUUUCAGUGUGAACUAUAUUUAAGGAAAUGUUUGAUGCACUUAAGUUAUAAAAUGAGAUAAUUUACUUUUAUAAACUUUAUUUUUAGUUUGACAAGACUUGUCAGCAGGGCAGAAAGGGCUGCUCCACCUAGCCCCAUAGCUUUGAGUUCUUGGGUUCAUUCUGUUUUCAGAGUGUCUUUCAGAUCUGGAAAGAAAUUCUGUGUGGCUGAUGGUGUUCUCUUUUGCAUUCUUGCUCUCUUUGGGGUUGAAUCACUGGGCAGGGGUGGGACAGAAUAAUCCCUGAUCAUGUUCUGAGAAAAUGUAAAGCCCAGACUCCUGGACUUUCUUUUAAAUUCUGACAAGUGGUUGUUGGGCAGUGCUAGGAUGGUCGGUUCAGCUCUUGAGCUUCAGCAUCUGCAAGUGUGGAUGAGGCUAAUAGUAUGUACCUACCUCACUGGGAAACACCAAGGCUUAAUUCAUUCCCAGGACACAUGAGCAGGGCUGAGACUAAUAUCUGAUAGUUGUUUAAGAUACAACCAGGCCACUCACUUGGCAAAGGAGGGUACAUAGGGUUGCAGAGCAGGAGGGCUCCUGAACCCCAGAGGGCAGUUCUGCCUGCUGAAGUCCCUCUGCAAAGCCUGUGCUGGAGGAGACACCAACUCAGAGCAGCUCAGAGGGAUCCCAGAGUCCCAGAGUGGGGAGGAGGCAAAGGCUGAGGGGAUAGAGGAGGGCCUGGUGGUGUUCUAGAGCAAGGGUGGGCAAACUCCUGCUUGCAGGCCUGCUUUCUAUGGCUUACCAGUGAAGAAUGGUUUUUACUUUUUUUUGAGGUCAUUAAAAAAAAGGAGAAGAAGAAUAUAUAACAGGCUGUCUGUGGCCUGGAAAGCCUGAAAUAUUUGCUAUCUGUAUUGUCUGGCCCUUACAGAAAAAGUUUGGGGCCCCUUGUUUUAGAGGGUCUGUUUCUAAAGAACCUCAUGGAGCUCACAGGGGCAGCAGGUUCUGGUGGAAACCCUUGGCUCUUCCUUCCAACUCACUCUUCUGAUCCUCGGCACAGAAGACCCAGCAGCCAUUGUACAUGGGGACAGUUCCACACCCUGGUCUCCAGUUGCGGUGCUAGGAUGGGAUUGUUCUGUGCUAGGAAGUCUCCUGGGAACCCAGAAUGAGUUGGUGGGGAAGACAGAGGGUCACUGUGGACCCAUCCAGGAGGGGCCAGGACAGGUUUGGCCUCAUUUCUGGGAACAUCAUUGGAGACUUGAACACAGAGACACGUCCCUAUCACUCUGGCAAUGCCAGAGGAAACAUGUCCCCUUAUGGUAGAGUCUAUGUUGUGUGAUUUUUGUGCUCUUGUUUAUAAUUUAUGCAAACCACCAAGAAACCCAAAUCAGUCUGAUGAUUGAAAAUUAUGCAGAUGCUGUAUGGCCCCACAGGUUUCUGUGGUAAAGACCAGUUGGAGAAUGUAGCAGAUACUAUGUGAGUGAAAAUGAAUAGAGAUCCUUAUUCCACUCCUUAAUGGCAUACCAAGAUGAAAUUAAAAUCUCUUACAAAUGAGCUGUUGUUUAUUCAGGGGUGGGAUGGUGGGUGGGGAACCAGGUAGACAUGGGAGUUUUGUCUACAAAGCCAUGAGGAUGAGCUUAUGGCAAAGUUUGAAUGAAUGGAAAGGAUGACUACAGCAAAACAUAAGGAGAAAAGGGUCUUCAACUUCUUGCCAAGAUGGACAAAGACUCCAGUCUUUACAAAAAAACCCCACAGAAGGAGGCAGUGGGAACUUUCCAUCACCACCAUGAAGUUCCCUCAGGUCAUAGCAGUUUGCGAUAUGUGAUGAGGGAACAUUUGCUUGGAAAUCAGAACAGAGUGAUGGGGCAGGAGAAGGAUUUCUCAUGCAGGACUGAAGGCAGAUGCCUAGCCAGGAUGGGAGAGCCAGGCAGCAGACAGUGGCUCCCUGACAGAGUCUCCCAAACUGCUCAACAAUUUUAAAUGUGAUGUAUGGUGGGCAAUUAGGACUAUGGAGAAAAGAAGUCAGGAAACAGUAUGGAGGUAAGACCAGGAGACAUACUCACAGGGUGAUAUUGUUUUUUGUCUGUUUUCUCCCCCACUUGCAAUUGUUCAAGGCCUGCAACCCCUACCUCUGGCUCACUCACCAUAUGUUAGAAGCUGGCUCUUCCUGUUGCUGAGGGCCUGGAAGGAGAGAGAUGUGUGUUAUAAGGCCAGGCUGACAGGAGGAGCCCACUGAGAAGGCCUUGUCUCAGACUGGCCUCCACUGGGCUGUCCUUAGUUCCUAACUGCAGCUUCCUGGGAGAGCCUAGGCACAAGCCCUUUACCCCUCUUAUUUGCCUUGUUGGCAACUAUCUAGUCUUCAGAAUCAGCAUACUUGGCCUUCUCAAGCCUACAAGGCUGGGUUAGGUGCUUAUGCAGACUACUUGGACUAAUGCUACCUGCUGCAACAAAUAAACCCGCAAAUAUUAUAACAGCUCAAACACAACAGAAAUUUAUAUUUUUGCUCACAUAAAAGACCUGGGAAGGGGUUUGGGUUAGAAGCAUACCUCUCUUCCAUGCAUAAUGAAGGCUCUGCUCCUGGCUUCCAGGCUUUCACUGGGGAUUGGUUGUCUCCAUUCUUCUUUUCCCCUUCCCACUGGAAGUGGAUGAGUCUAGAUUGCAAUCCCAGCUCCUGGACUUACUAGCUAUGUGGUCUUGGGCAGUUUCCUUCACUCUGCUGAGUUGAUUCCUCAGGGAUGGUACUUGUUGCUACCUCAGGGGAGUUGUGAGCACAGUUGAGAUAAUAUGUGUGAAGCACUUAGCCCCGCACUGGGAGUAUGGUAAGGGCCAGAUGAGUGUUAGCUGCUGCACUGCAGGCCAGACCUGCUCUUGGAGUUUGGUCAUUGAUGAAAGGCUGCUGGAAGUCUCAGACCCUAUUUGAGGAAAAAGAAGAACACAUCCUGGUUCACCUGAGCUCAGAAGGCAUCACUUCUCACCAUCACCUCUUCAGAUCUCAGCGUGUGUCUUACAGAGCCUGAGCCAGAAUUGUGGGGGAGUGGUUGCUGUUUUGUUUUAAAGCGUGCAGAUAAAAUUCCAAUUAUGAUGACACAUUCAGAUCUCUGACCCCCCAAAGAGGAGUCAGGUCACAGGAAAUUCCUCCAGCCACCUAUUGUCACCUGCUUUUCAUGACCUGCAUGAGGGGGAAGGCCUUAGGGCUAGGCUCGGAGUGGAGAGCCUGGAUCCACAGGUUGAGCCUUCACGCCUCAAAGGGCCUGUGCCUACGCUGUCUCUGAAGAAAAUGAGUUGACCUAAAAUGAAUCAAAAAUGGGAAGAAAAUGGAGUUAAUUUGUCACUUCCAAACUCAAAGACAAAAUAAAUUUUAACUGAAUUG